CUGACAAAUGGGAAGCGCCUUAAGCUUAAAGAAAGUGCAGCUGAGGAAAAAUUCUUGGCGAGGCUUUCACACCCUCAAAAUUGUACUUAUAACCUAAUAGAGCAAAUGGAAAUACAGGUAACAUUUCUCAUAUUCUGCUUCAUUUAUUUUGCGAGUAGUUUGACAGUUUGAAGUUGCUUGUUCGAUGAAGCGCAAUCAGUCGAAAAAUCAAUCAAUCGAAAAAAACAAACAAACAAACAAAACAAAAUGCUAAAACGCAACUAUUUUGAUUGUUAAGGAAUUAAAUUCAAAACACCUAGCGGUAACUUUUUUUUAACAGUUUGUAUCCGUCUGGGCGAGUUCAUAAAGAUAGCAAAUUUGAAAAUUAAAACAGUGAACUGAUCGUUACGGCAGGAAGAGUGAUGGAAAAAAAUAAAGUAAGAAAGCAAAAAUAAAAUACAUUUUAUUUUUGCGUUCUUUCUUGUUUUGUGGUAUUGAAGAUUUUACCGUUGCAGGUCUACUAAUAAUCCGCGGCUGACCCUCUGGUUUGUCGUUGUGGUUUUGCCUUCAAGAGUGUGAAAGUUACUAGUUUAGAAAUACGUGUAUCGCAGAACCUCACGAAGCACGGGUGAGGACGCCCGUAAAAUGUUAGGGACGGGACGGCGGGAGAGAAAUAGAGUAAAUUUCGUAACUGGGGAGGGCGGGUUUCAAAACCGGCUCUGAUAUUGGAAGCUGAGAUAUACUCAAUCUCCUUUUGGUUGGAGUAAAUUCAAGCGCAGUGCCUUGGCUUUAAAAAAGCAUACAUGGGAUUUAAAUGGGGUUGCUAUUAUUAAGGAAAGGUAGCCAAAAUUGCGUAAGUCCCGUGUUCACACUGGAUGCGGAGCCCAACAGGAAAUAACAGAUAUAAAUGGGCCUACUGAGUUUACAUGCCCGUAAGACCAUGUUCGGCACACGUGAUACUCGCGCGCUUCAAGCGCGACGAGAUUGUAAACUCGCUCUGCUCGCGGCAGCCGUCAUAUUAGGGCAUUCUAUAGUUCAAUACUUUACAGAGCGCUUGUCUUCGCGGUUUGCAUAUAUAUUUUAAACAAACUACCCAAUAUUUCUGUUUGAAAACAAACCUAGCUUCUUCAGGGGCUAAAAGAAAUAUAUACAUUUUUGUAUUAUUCUUUUGUUUAAUUCUUCAUCGCCUUGAAUUGCCGUAAGGAUCGGUUUGCCGUUCCAUAUUUUUCUCAAGUUUAAUUGUACUGAUCGAUCCAGGUCUACAACUGGGAGAUCCGGCACCUCUCAUUGGUUUGUUGCUGUGGACCUGCUGACAUUUUAUAUAUUUUGAAAUAAAAUGUUUUUUUUUUUUUAAAUCAUUGUAAAUUUUAUGCACUGACCCCCUUCCCCUAAGCGGUCGAGGAAGAAUCGAAGGAGAAGAAAAAUGCAGUGUCGACCAAAAUAAAAAUGCUCCUUUAUAACACAGACACGGAUAAACUAAAUGAGACGUGAAAAAAGGACCGAUAAGUUUGCGUCUGUUCACUCAACCUUCAAAAGGUUGCGUAGCAAUCUUUAAAAUCGAAUUUCUUUAUGUAAAUUGUUUCAGCGAUGCUAAGUGACUAAAUGUUCGUGAAUUGUAUGAGGGCUUAAUUACUUGCCAGGCUAAACGAAGAUUCUACAUCCAGUUAAAUGGACAACAAACAAAUGAUGAACCGAUCAUUUAAUCGUUGUUGUUAUUUUUCUUCUGCUGGUUAAAAUGUUCUUAUUAUUUCCAGUAAAAGAAAGGUAUGUAUUCAGAGUAUUUUCAUUAAACAUUAAUACAAAAUGUAAGAAUUAAACAAAAAUAUCCAAAGUGAAUUCACUAUUUUAAGUUCAACGUGGUAUUCUAGUUAGUAAAGGCGAAUGUGUGGAACAAGUCGCCGAUAACCAGCGGCAUUGUUUGAGUCCCUUGACACUGUACUUUGUGAUGUCACGACGACUUCUGGAGUUUCAAAAUAAUUAAAUUAAAUUAAAUACAGACUAUCAUUCUGAUUUUGCAAUGCUGAUAUUUUUCGAAAGAAAAGGUCACAGUACACAAACGUCGCAUCAGAGUGGAGCGGGUCUGGAACGAGUUUAUCAACAAACUUGCUAUAUUCAUUCCUCAAAAUGUUAUUGAACAGAACACCGUUACGAGCUCCCGGCGAUCUACCGGGACGUUUUGUCACGUGAUUCACGGUCUAAGUCACGUGCCAAAAUGUCCAACUCAACCACUUGUUAAAGAUUCCAUGGUGAAAUCGAAAGCUUGUGUCUGCUUAUAAGUUUUCUACCCUGAGAUUUGAAAUCUCGCUUACUUUAAAGAUAGUUUGUAUCAUUACAAACAAACCCUUGCUUAAACGAUUGCAAGCUCAUUUUGCCUUUCUAGAAUCCAAAUGACCGUUUUCCUCAUUGAGAAACUAUUUCAUGGGAUUGGGUCGAGACAAGGGGCGCUUGUCAGUUAAUCCUAAACACGUUAACGGCUAAUACACAUAGUUUCAUCAAAAGAGGUUUUCUAUGGUUUCAGAAAAUUUAACUCAUUGAUCAUAAGAAUAGUGCAGAAACUGUUUUCAAUCUUUUUUUUUUCAUUGUUGCUUGCUGAAGUAAGCGCUUGAAAUGUUACACUUUAAGCGCAAUGAAUGAAUAAAUAUGCAAAUCCCAGAACUACAAUUUUUUUUACAGGUAAAAAGAGAAAUGAUGGCAUCAAGAAUGCAGAAAGCGUUUUUUGUUUCUCUUCUGGUUUCUGCUGCAAUUAUCGUUCGCGACUUUUACAAUUGCAACACUUUUGUCCUGAACGUCUUGAAGAAGGCGCGUGUCGACGAAAGCUUUCUCUCUGACUGGUGCCGUCUUCAAAGAUCUCGAGUGGACUGGGAAGGAUUAGUUUCAAGCUGCCGACAUAAAAUGGCAUGGAAACACAGAGAAAUGAGUUCUAUAAAGAGAACUGACCCAAAGAGAAGCUUUAUAUCCAGAUGGCAGUUACGACCACAAGGUUAAUAAAGCUUCAAGGAAUUACUUAAAUUUUUGGAUGGGUUAAAAUGCACACUCACAGUUUACCUUAAGACAUUUUAAAAUUUUAAAAGCUUAAUGAUUUUCCUUCCACAGUGCCCAGUUUAAGAAUGAUUAAUCUGGGGUUCUGCUCAUCUGAGGACCGGAACUCAGGAUUUUACGAAAGAGUGUAAUUAUCAAUGGGAUACUGGAUAUAGUAAUCUUGUGAUGCGAGAUUCUGAAAAGCUCUCACACCCACACUCCAUGGCGCCCCUUUCCCCGAGGGUGUCACGCGUAUGCUUUGACGGUAUCACUGUUUUGUACCUUCAUAUCCUGCUGAAAAUAUUUGUCCUGGAGUAGGAUAAGCCAAUAAAAACCGGUAGUGUAACGAAGUAGGGGAUUGGGGAAAAUUUGGGCCAAGGUGAGAGGAUGAUUUCCCUCCCACCAAUAGUCAUAGCUUCUUUAAAUCUGUUUUUCGACAUCAACCGAACUGUAUUGCUCUUUACUCUUUUACUUAUGGAAGCUUUAAACCCGGGGGUGGGGUUUGGGGAGACAUCCUCUACCGGGACGUGAACACUGUUUUGCUAUUCUGAUCUUUUCUUGUAGUUCCUUGGCCGAGAAAUUCCUAAGACAGCAUACAACCUCAUAACAAUGAUGUCAAGUUUGUGAUUGUCGUUUUCCUUGAUCUUUUUCACCCUCAGGGGAAUUCAGCCGUUUCUUCAUUCAAUCCGUGACUAACGAUGGAGUUGUCAAGAGAACUGGAGGGGAUUCAUGGAGAGUACAUAUCAGACAAGGACCAGCAUCCCUUGCGCCUAUGGUUAUAGACCAUGAUGAUGGAACAUAUGAGGUCAUGUUCCUUGCUCUUGAACCUGGGAACUACUCAGCCAAGGUUUUCUUGGACUACACGCUUUGUGAAGGUUACAGGGAUCCGCCAGAGGAUUGGUAUAUCCAAGGUAGUAAUGGAGUACUGCAAUAAGUAAUAGAAGAGUCAGUAGUCUUCCCAUAUAUAAACGGGACAAGACUUUACUUUGGUAUCUUCCAGAUACAGUCAUUUGUUUGACUCUCUGCCACGCUGACACCUUUCCAAUACAGCCCAAUACCAGCUUAGACGGUUUCCAACUACAUGUAUUCAUUCUUGCGCCUUACACUCGAUCGGGUUUAAUGCUUCGCCAGCAUUUUUGGGACUGUUAGCUCGGUUUUCAAAGCUCAACCUGUGAGUACGUCAGGCCCCAAAAGUACUUGGCUCGACAUAACUUAACGGUAAUUGUGGUUGCAGAUAAUUGUUGGGCACGUCAAUUAAGUAGAAAAUGCAUUUUUUUAAUCCAAAGUUUAUGAAACCCGUUGCGCCUUCUCCCAUUCGUAAAUAUUAUAAAUUCUUAAUUGAAAUAGCCUUAACCAAUAGCUUCUUCUUCUUCUUCUUCUUCUUCUUCUUCUUCUUCCAGGGGACAUUCAAGGCCACAAACAAAAGCAAGGCAUGUUGGGAUACACUGGUGACGAUUUCAUAAUGACUGCUCUACAGAGUGGGAAGCCUGUGACUUUUCAUAUUGCGGAAUCUACAAAAAGAAAUGGUAUUAAACUUAUAUUAUUCAGUAAUUGUGCUUUAAAUUGACGAAUCUUUAGCAGGUACAGAAAGGUAAAGAGUUCAUACACGGCUUUUACGCAAGGAGCCACAAAGGUUUGUGGCUCAGUAAAACAUUCAUUGUCUGUGAUACAACGUGAAGUAUUCAUUGAGCCAGAUAUAAGUAAAUUCUGAUGCGAGUUGUUGAAUAAACAAGUAAAUCAUGUGAUUUAAUUACAGGUUUGUUCAAGUUCAUUCUGCCAUUAGCAAAUGAUUCCCAUCUACCUGAUUUGUCGCGAUUAUCAUGCAAUGUCGAUUGCUCGAUGUUACUAUGGAAUGGCUUUGGACGAUGGGUGAACGAGAAAUGGAAACCAUACAUUCCUGAAGGUCAAAUUAUAGCCUGUUCCAGGCUCCGAGAUAGUUGGGUCCGCGAAAUUGAGAAAGCGCGAAGAUGAAAAUUUCGCCUGUCUUUCACUUAAGCGUCAUGUCUCAAUCUAUUGAAAGCCUGGUACAGGCUAGUUUAAUUAGGUCCAUGUCACGUACAUAUCACGUGUUAUCAGUUACAGGUUUAAUGUUUUUUGCUUUCAAACCACCUUACGCUGUGUUAUCAUCAAGAGCCUCUGCUAGGAAGAAGAGAUUCGAAUGCAGUCACUUUGUUUCUUACAAUCUAGCAGAUCCUUACUCCGACUGGGAAGAGAGGGUAGGGGUGGUAGGUGUACGUACUGAAUGAUUUCAAGCGCUUUAGCUAUCUUCCCGGCAAAACCAAAGCCGCGGCAAAGAGGCACAUACUACAAACUCCGCUGGCCAAUAACAUACGCAUGCGCACAGUCUUUGUCUUCUUCUUCCUCCCGGCAAACCUUGGAAUAUAAUAAACAAUUAUUGGAUGAGGUUGAGCAUGAUAUCAUGAAUUAUCAAAACCGAGGUCUGUUUUAUCUGCCGAAGCCGAAGGCUGAGGCAGAUAAUACAGACACAAGGGUUUUGAUAAUUCAUGAUAUCAUGCGAAAACCGAAUUCAAUAAAUUUUGUUUUAGUUUACAUUUUUUAGACAAUAGGCAAAAGAAGACAUUCAUCUGUUCAGCCAUUCUGUUUCUGAGGAGAACACUCCAAGGGGCUUGGUAACCAGGCAGACGUUGAACUUGACAUGAUAAAUGCAAUAUCUGCAGCAGAUAUUGCAUUUAUCAUGUCAAGUUCACAAGCUAUUGUGAAUUGAUUGAAUGCUCUCGACCAAUCAGAUUUUUCAUUGUGAGUCUGAUGUAUAAUAAUAGCAUUUCUCAAUGUCAAAGAACAUAUUUUUAACUAUUACGAGAGUAAUAAUUUAUUAACUCUAUUGUCUUUAGAUUAUGAAAACAAACAGCAAGGAAGGAAUUCAAAACUAAGCGCGUUAAUGGUGUAUGGAGACUCAAUAGGUGUUCAUUACUACAGGCUAGCAACAAACCGUCCUUUGUGUAAAGACUUAUUUCGCACUUGUAACAAGAAGUACAUGUGGACGUAUGAUGUAAGUUGGAAAAUAUUAAUGUCCUUUCUCUCAAUUGCUUCUUUAUUUUUUUUGGAAUAGUGGAAAAGAAAGAAUGCUGGAACCGGAGAAGGAAAAUAUAAUCAAUUUGAAUCAGAGUAAAAAUGAAUGAAACUACAGAAAUUUUAAGAGACUGGAUACUUUUCAGAAUAAUAAAAUUGUUAAAAAAUCCAUGAGCGUUCCGUUUAAGGAACUAUGAUGCUAAUCACAGCACCAUGAUAUAUGAUGAUGAUCGAAUCUGAAGUGGCAAAACCAUCCGAAUAUCGAGAAAACGUUACCCAGCUGUACUACUUCCAUGCUAUAUAAAAUGCUCAUAUAAUGAACAUCGUUUAAUGAAAAUAAUUCAUCCUUUUGAUUGACCGAGAAAUAACUGCCUACAAAUAAUGGACUGCUCAUGCGCAAUGUCGUCCAACUGUGUUGGGCUUAAGUGUUGGGCUAAAGUAUUGGGCUUAAGUGUGGGCUGCAAAUAAUAUUCUGCUCAUGCGUAAAUGAUACCACGCUUUUCUCCUUCUUCAGCGAUCGCUCUUGCAUGAAAAUGGAAGAUCCGCUUCGCUUCUGCAAUCAGGAUAUUCAUUAACAACAAACUCGGUGAUCGAAUGAUAAAUAACUAUUGAACUUGGUUAUCGCAAAAUAUCGUCAUUUGUCAGUGUCUCGCAGAUCAAUUAUUUGCUGAAGCGGAAGGCUGCUGCUCGCCACUGACAAAUCAGGAUAUUUGGCUCAACCUCAGUCGUCUAAAAAUUGUUUUAGCAAUAAUUGGACUUAAGAGACUUUAAAAAGACUUAGAGGGUUUAAAAGACUUUAAAGUAGUAUUUGCACAAUUUUCCAAGUUUUCUUAGAUUAUUCUUAAUCCAGCCGGGUCGUAUUUUUGUUACCCUGCGAGCAGAGACUACAUUUUGGUGGUAUGAGCUGGCGUGCGAAAAGUAGCUACUUUCGAACGCCAGCUCAUACCGCGAAAAUGUAGCCUCUGCUCGCAUGGUAUAUUUUUGUGCAUUCUUUAUCGCGAAAUUUGUAAUUUGGUGCUAGUUGUUUAGUUCAGUAACUAUCCUUUUUCUAGGCUGAAUGGCAAAGGAAUGACAGCAAUGACUUUAACCAAAGUAUUGUACUUGGAGAAAUCAAACAGCUGUUGACCAGACCUACCAUGAAAGGAAACCGAAGCGUUUUCUUCUUUAACAUUGGCAUCCACUACUCCAUGUCACUUAACCUGACGACAUAUCAAAGGUUGAUCGACAGUGUAAUCAAGAUGUUAAAACAAGACAGUGGUACAGGGGACGAAAAUAGAACGCAAAGCAGCGAGACUCUUUCCAUCUGGAGAAGCAGCACGGCUAUUGAAGCUGAAAAUUUUGGAAAAACCUUUUGGGGAGAAAACUUGACAGAGUGGAGAUUCCAUAACAACCCGGUAAGUCAAGAGCUACCAGAAAAAGUUCUACCAUAGACUUCCGCUUAUAAACCCUGAGCUUAUGCAUCUCUUCCUAAGGGUUUUAAGGGGGGCUUAUAAACGGAGUGGGUUAUAUCCUAGGGGGCUUUUAACCAGAAAAGGAAAACCGCUUAGAAACAAGCCGGUUUAGCAGUGCUGAUCAAAAUACGUUUUGCAGUUAAUGGUUUUCAAUCAAGUUUUAAAACCUCACUGAUAAAUCGAAUCCAUUUCAGUACAUUUGGGGUGGGGCUAAUAUACGGGGGUUGCUUAUAAUCGGAUGUGUUUUUUUUUGUUUACAGGUAGAUAGGUGUAUAACUUUCAGGGGGCAUAUAUAAGUGGGGGAGCUUAUAAGUAGCAGUUAACGUAACUUUUGACGCGUAUUUUCCUAGACGUUUCUUGGAAAAUCGAGCUCGAGAAAAAAGAAGUCGCGUCAUCAUUACGUCAUUUCCAAUUACCAUGGUCUAUUCAACAGUUAUAUUUCAUGGUCUGAUAGACCCUAGUUCUCUGCCGAUCAGGGCGAGUCUAAUACAGGUGACUUAGCCAGAAAUUUAGCGUGGCCAAAGCUGAUUUAAAUCAGUUUAAUCGUGAUUGGUUAUGACCUCUAUCAAAAAAACCUUGUGCGAAGUUUUUAGCUUCUCUUUUGGUAUAAGGUAAUUGAAAGAAAUAAGGUCGAGUUAGCUAGUUAGUUAGUCAGGUAUUUAGUUGGUUAGUUAGUUAGUUAAUUAAUUACUUAGUUACUUAGUAACUAAGGGAAGGAACCCCAACCCCUACCAAGUCAUACCAAUUACAAAGCACAACUGUUGUUUUUUCGUUAAAGAAUGUUUAUAAGCAUUAACAGAGUUUUAUUCAAAAUGGCAAUGGCCUGUGUAUUGCAUAUGAGACAAAGAGGGGCUCUCUACUCGCUACCUUCGCUUCAGUAUAUCCGGCGAUAUAAAUCUCACUAUUUUCUUUUAUUCGAAAGAGAGUUCAGCUCUUCAAUACCUACGCCACAAGCGCCAUGUGCAAGGCAGGGAUUCCAGUUCUUGAUAUGUACCCGCUGACCGCUGCAUGGCCAAAAGGGACACGGGAUUCCAUUCACUACACCGACGAACCUAUGGAGCCUGCGGUUAGCAUUUUGCAACGUUACCUUGUGGAAAAGUUACUGAAAACUUGA